GCCAGCCAUUCACACCCACUCCCACUGCACAAAGGCCCCGGUUUGUUGUCAAAGCUUGUUCUCCUAUGCCAUACCAACAUACAAAGACACACGCGCAUUUGUCAAUCAACGUGUUUGUGGGCAUUCAUGGUGUUGCGUGUGUGUCCUGCCUCUGCCUGCCUGGAUGAGUUUCUCCCUCUCGCCGAAGUCCUUUGGGAAGGGCACGGUGGGCUCCUUGAUGCUGACGUCACGCUUCAGCCGCUUCUCGUACUCGGCUAAAUGACAUGACACACAACAUGUCGACAUGUCGACACAGACAGACAGACCGACCGACCGACAGACAGACGGGCAUCCGACACACACGCCUCCCUCCCUUUCUCUCUGUCAGCCGGUCUGUGUGCUCUCUCUCUCUGUCUGUCUGUCUGUCUGUCUGUCUGUUGGGUGAGCUCACCCACCUAGUUUUUCGUCUUGCUUCUCUCGUAUUUCUCUCCAGAACUCCCGCUGCCGGAUGUCCCGCUCAGCAGCUUUCUGGCCCUCAUUCACCUGACAGACACACCGAUCCGAUCAUGGCGGCUGAUUGACUGAUUGACUGAUUGACUGAUGUGUGUAGAGCCUCUACGUGCCCCCUCUCUCUCUCUCUCUGUGUGUGUGUGUGUGUGUGUGCGUGGCCGCCCACUGUCCACCCGACCGACCCACCGUGUAGACGUUGUAGAACCCCGUUUUACACAAAACGUACUCAUAGCCCAUCCUGGCACACAGAAUGAAAUGGCUUGAUGGCUUGAUGGCUGUGUGUCGUUCAUUACAUCAUUUACCCGCAGAGGAACAUGAUACCCAUGAGGAUGGGCAGCUUCUUGUUGACGCUCACGUAUGGCAGGCUCAGCUUGCCCUCCAU